GUUACUGAUUAUAUCUGCUUAAGUCACUGCUGGGGAAGCGACGAGAUGUUUAAGACUACGAUAGAGAAUAUCAGCGAACGAAUGCACAACAUCCGUUUUAACGAUCUGCCAGCUACCUUCAGGGAUGCAGUCAGAAUCACUCGCGACCUUGGCAAACGACACCUCUGGAUUGACAGCCUUUGUAUAAUACAAAAUGAUCCCAGGGAUUGGCGUGAUGAAGGUUUACGCAUGCAUGAGAUUUAUGGUAAUUCUUACUUGACGAUCGUUGCAUCGAAGACCAAAGGCCCGGACGACGGGUUGUUUUCCGUAUCUUCUCGAUACAAGCUCCAAGACUUCUUGUUCAUGAUGGACAGAAAGCAAUUUGUCAUGCAUGUACGACAAAAAGUCACUCAUUUCAACUCCAUUGACUCUUUUCCUCUGCUGAAGCGGGGAUGGGUCUUCCAAGAGCGAAUCUUGUCCCGACGAAUGGUGCACUUUGGCCCUCAAGAGCUAGUAUGGGAGUGUAUGGAGAUGGAAGAAUGCGAGUGUGGCAACGUUGACGAAGGCAUCAGCUGGAAUUCGCGCACUCCACGCAAGUCGCUUUUGCUGAUGGAGGGUAACCCUUUCUUGUGGAAUCGGAUAGCAGCGGCCUACUCGAGCCUGAGUCUCACGAAAGAGAACGAUGUUUUACCUGCACUCUCAGGUAUUGCAAAGAAACAUAAACCAGAACCCGAGGCAAGGUACCUGGCAGGGUUUUGGGAUGGGAAAUUCAUGAUCUUCCAUCUCUUGUGG